AUGGCUGGCACAGAUAACAUCGAUGGCUCUCACGGAGCAAAGGCAGCUGAUGGAAAAGCGGACCAACAUCGACUCCGCCAGGAGCAAAUCUGCGCUCACAUGAAUGCCAACCAUCAAGACUCCCUCGCCUUCUUCCUGCAGGUCUACAACAGAGUCCCUCGUCGAGAGUCGCAGUCUGCCAAGCUCGAAGAGGUGCGCCUUACUGGGCUGACCAUCACCACGGGCCACUCUACAAACAAGACACAUUAUUUCGUGCCUUUCGAGCCAGCCUUGUCUUCAAUCAGCGAGGUGCGCGAGCAAGUUGUCGGUAUGCACCACCACUGCCUCAAGGCCCUCGGUCGCUCCGACAUUACCAUUAAGGAAUAUCGCCCACCCACGGGAUUUCCAGCCGUGAUCUUUACUACCUGUUUGUUGACUUUCAUUGCGUUCUCCCGACGAGCCAAUUUCGAGCCGGGCUCUCAACUGUACGAUCUUGUGCUGCGGCAUGUGCCUGGCUUUGCGGUUUUCUGUCAUACCAUUCAGCCCCUUCUCAUCAUCCUCAUGGUGGCCAUCCACCUAGCCGAGGCAAUUUAUUUAUCGCUGUACAGGCUUAAGCCACACAACAUUCCGUUUGGCUCGCGCCUGUGGCUCUGCUGGUUUAUCAACAACUUUAUUGAAGGGUUUACGUGCCUGCAGCGGUUUGAUGCUCUUGUUGAGAGAGAGAGGGCGAAAAAGGCACAUAAAUAG